CAGCAAACAAAGAAAGAAAGGGACAAAAAAGUCACCCGGUCCUGUUGGUCAAAAGCUGUAUUCUAACUCCUCCCCCGUCGCAGUCAAUGGCAUUCUAUUCCUACCCGUCUGACUCUCCUCCACAUCCAACUUCUCCUUCAUUUGAUUUCCCCUAACACACCCUACUCCUCAACAAAAAAUCACGCCAUGAAUCUCACAUCUUCACUAGCCGUCCUUCAUCUCUUCUUCUUCUUCUUCUUCUUCUCCUCUUUCUUUGCUGUCGCUGUUGCGAUUGAAGACGACGUCGUUUGUCUCCAAGGCCUCAAGGACUCUCUUACAGACCCAGAUGAUAAGAUCAGCACUUGGAGGUUCACCAACACCUCUGCCUCCUUUAUCUGCAAUCUCGUCGGCGUCUCUUGCUGGAACGCGCAGGAGAGCCGCAUCAUCAGCCUCCAACUUCCUGAUAUGAACCUCAUCGGUACCUUACCCGACUCCCUUCAGCACUGCCGAAGUCUCCAGAGUCUUGGUCUCUCUGGUAAUCGUAUCUCGGGUUCCAUCCCUGACCAAAUCUGUACCUGGUUGCCCUAUGUCGUAACCCUAGAUCUGUCCCAUAACGACCUCACCGGUCCAAUUCCACCGGAAAUGGUUAAUUGCAAGUUUUUAAACAAUCUGAUUCUUAACAACAAUGGGUUAUCGGGUAUGAUUCCCUACGAGAUUGGCCGACUUCCUAGGCUCAAGAAGUUUUCCGUUGCCAACAAUGAUCUCUCCGGUUCAAUACCGUCCGAGUUGUCGAAAUUCGAAGACGAUGCCUUCGAUGGGAACAAUGGACUCUGCCGUAAGCCUCUAGGAAAGUGCGGUGGACUGAGUAGUAAAAGCCUUGCCAUUAUUAUUGCGGCGGGGAUUUUUGGUGCUGCAGGUUCGUUGCUAUUAGGUUUUGCGCUUUGGUGGUGGUUUUUCGUUAGGCUGAAUCGGAAAAAGAGAGGCUACAGUGGUGGUGAUAGUGGCAAGAUUGGUGGUAGUUGGGCGGAGCGGUUGCGGAUGCACAAACUGGUUCAGGUGUCGCUGUUCCAGAAACCCAUUGUAAAGAUCAAGUUAGCCGAUUUGAUGGCGGCUACUAAUAAUUUUGACCCUGAAUAUCUUCUUUGUUCUACAAGAACAGGGGUUUCCUAUAAGGCUGUGUUGCUGGAUGGAUCUGCUUUGGCUAUCAAACGUCUCAGUGCCUGUAAGCUCAGUGACAAGCAGUUUCGGUCUGAAAUGAAUAGGUUGGGGCAGCUUAGACACCCCAAUUUGGUUCCCUUAUUGGGUUUUUGUGCCGUAGAAGAAGAGAAACUUUUAGUGUAUAAGCACAUGCCUAAUGGGACCCUGUAUUCUCUUUUGCAUGGGAGUACUAGUUUUCAUUCACAGCACCACUCGAUUGAUUGGCCUACUAGGCUUAGGAUUGGUGUAGGUGCUGCUAGAGGGCUUGCCUGGCUUCACCACGGUUGUCAACCCCCAUACAUGCACCAGAACAUUAGUUCCAGUGUGAUUCUUCUUGAUGAUGAUUAUGAUGCUCGGAUAACGGAUUUUGGGUUAGCAAGGCUUGUGGCUUCUGCUGACUCUAAUGAUAGUUCUUUUGUUAAUGGGGACCUUGGAGAAUUUGGUUAUGUGGCUCCAGAGUACUCGAGCACUAUGGUCCCUUCACUAAAGGGCGAUGUUUAUGGUUUUGGGGUUGUGCUUCUUGAGCUGGUGACUGGGCAGAAGCCUCUGGAGGUUAAUAAUGGAGAUGAAGGUUUUAAAGGGAACCUGGUGGAUUGGGUUAUUCAGUUGCUGAUAUCUGGUAGAAGCAAGGAUGCAAUUGAUAAGGAUUUGUGGGGGAAAGGUUAUGAUGAUGAAAUUGUGCAGCUCAUGAGGGUUGCUUGUAGUUGUGUUGGUUCUAGGCCCAAGGAAAGGCCUUCUAUGUACAAUGUUUACCAGUCAUUGAAGAGCAUGGCAGAGAAACAUGGUUUCUCAGAGCAGUAUGAUGAAUUUCCAUUGAUGUUUAGCAAGCAGGAUCCUGACUAUUAGGGGUAGGUUUGGAGAGUAUAAGAGGCACAACAAAGUGUUGCCAACUUGGUGGAUUGCAGCACAGGGGCAUCUCUUAGCUCUGUUCCAAAAGGCCAUAUGAGUGAAUGACAUGGUUUCUAUUUUGGGAGGUUUCUUUGUUCCACUGUUUAAUUGCUGGAUAGUUCUGUAUAAUACUAGUAUUAUGCAUGGUAACCAUUUGCUUUCUGGA